AAAACCAGACGACAGAAAAGCUAACAACACAAGAGGAGGAGAGAAACUCGAUAACGAACAAGAGAUAGCGAGAUUCUUUUAUCUAUUCUCGUGCUUCCAAUUCUAAUAAUUUUGUCUCCUUAGCGGAUCGAUCGCAGAUUAUCAAGCUCCGCCGUCGCCUCCGCCGCAAUCGACGGCGGUGUCUACGUCGCUUUCGUUUCGUGCGUAACAGGAGGAGCAGCAGAAGAAGAAGUCAGCUUAAGUAACGCCGCCUUUGAUUUGACUUGAGAUAAGUAUUUUGGUGAUAUGGCAUUGAUGAUGUUUCCGCAUUUCCUCGGCGUUGAAGAAAAGUAAAAUGCUGGCGAAUUGGAGGAAACCACAUACAGAUUGAUGCUCUCUUCAGUCGACCUCUUUUGUAAAUUUAUUGAAACUUACGGGGUCGAAGGUGUGUAGCAUAUGCUUUAAGAAGAUUAAAAAAAAGUAAAAAUUAUGGAAUCGGGCUCAGAGAAAAAGUUUCCUCUCAAUGCAAAAGACUACAAGUUAUAUGAAGAAAUUGGAGAUGGUGUCAGUGCGACUGUGCACAGAGCUUUGUGCAUACCGCUUAAUGUGGUAGUUGCUAUCAAGGUUCUUGAUCUGGAAAAGUGCAACAACGAUUUGGAUGGGAUCCGGAGAGAGGUGCAAACAAUGAGUCUGAUAAACCAUCCAAAUGUGUUGCAAGCUCAUUGCUCAUUUACCACCGGACACCAGCUUUGGGUUGUGAUGCCUUACAUGGCUGGAGGAUCCUGUCUCCAUAUAAUAAAGUCUUCUUAUCCAGAUGGAUUCGAGGAACCUGUUAUCGCUACUUUACUUCGUGAGACUCUGAAAGCUCUUGUAUAUCUUCAUGCUCAUGGGCAUAUCCACAGGGAUGUAAAGGCUGGAAACAUUUUAUUGGAUUCCAAUGGUGCCGUUAAGUUAGCAGACUUUGGAGUAUCAGCUUGCAUGUUUGAUACGGGAGAUAGACAACGUUCCAGAAAUACAUUCGUUGGGACUCCAUGCUGGAUGGCCCCUGAAGUCAUGCAGCAACUACAUGGAUAUGAUUUCAAAGCAGAUGUAUGGUCAUUUGGAAUAACAGCACUUGAACUGGCACAUGGUCAUGCCCCAUUUUCUAAAUAUCCGCCAAUGAAGGUUUUGCUGAUGACCUUACAAAAUGCACCUCCUGGACUUGAUUACGAGAGAGACAAAAGAUUCUCGAAAGCCUUCAAGGAAAUGGUGGGUACAUGUCUGGUGAAGGACCCAAAGAAGCGUCCAACUUCAGAAAAGCUUUUAAAGCACCCUUUCUUCAAACACGCACGUCCAGCUGAUUACCUGGUUAAAACAAUUCUAAAUGGUCUUCCUCCAUUAGGUGAUCGCUAUAGACAAAUAAAGUCAAAGGAAGCUGAUCUCCUAAUGCAAAACAAAUCUGAAUAUGAAGCGCACUUAUCACAGCAAGAAUACAUAAGGGGAAUAAGCGCUUGGAAUUUCAAUCUCGAGGACCUAAAAACUCAAGCUGCCCUUAUUUCAGAUGAUGAUGCUUCACAUGCUGAAGAGCCCGAUUUCAACCAAAAGCAAUGUGAAAGACAGGAUGAGUCUGCUCUUUCCCCUGAAAGGGCUAGCAGCUCAGCAACAGCUCCUAGUCAAGAUGACGAACUGAACGAUAUUCAUGAUUUAGAGAGUUCUUUCGCCUCAUUUCCAAUCAAACCUCUUCAAGCACUCAAAGGCUGCUUUGAUAUCAGUGAGGACGAGGAUAAUGCAACUACUCCUGAUUGGAAAGAUGCAAAUUUGAAUUCUGGACAACCGCAUUUAACAAAGGCUUCCAUUGGAUCUCUGGCUGAUACCACGAAAGAAGAAGACACUGCAGCCCAAAACACUUCUUUACCACGUCAUGUCAUUUCCGAACAGAAAAAAUAUUUGAGCGGUUCAAUUAUACCAGAGAGUACUUUCUCUCCAAAAAGAAUCACAUCUGAGGCUGACAGGGAGUUUCAACAGCGUAGAUAUCAAACAGAGCGGAGCUACAGCGGAUCAUUGUAUCGCACGAAAAGAGAUUCUGUGGACGAGACGUCAGAAGUCCCGCAUGUGGAGCACAAGGGACGGUUUAAGGUUACAUCAGCAGAUCUAAGUCCCAAGGGAUCUACAAACUCUACAUUCACACCAUUUAGUGGUGGUUCAAGCAGCCCGAGCUCCCUCAAUGCAACAACCGCCUCAAUCCUCCCAUCAAUUCAGUCACUUUUGCAGCAAAACGCCAUGCAACGGGAUGAGAUUUUGAGACUAAUCAAAUACUUGGAGCAAACCUCUGCCAAGCAACCUGGAUCGCCCGAGACAUAUGUUGAUGAGCUAUUGCAGACACCUCCUGCAACGUCAAGAGAGAGAGAACUUCAGUCCCAAGUCAUGCUACUACAACAAAGCUUUUCGAGCCUAACAGAAGAACUAAAGAAACAGAAGCAGAAAAAUGGGCAGUUGGAGAAUCAGUUGAACGCAUUAACACACAGAAAUGAUUGAGUCUCAAAAGCCAUCGAGACAACAAACUACAGGGCUCAGAUAUAUGAAACUGGGAAUCUUGAGUAAAAAACACAAAAUUCC